AUGAGGGAAAUUGUGCAUCUUCAGGCCGGUCAAUGUGGAAACCAGAUUGGUGCCAAGUUUUGGGAGGUGGUCAGCGAUGAGCACGGUAUUGACCCAACUGGUACAUACCAUGGUGACAGUGACCUGCAGCUGGACAGGAUCAAUGUCUACUAUAAUGAAGCCUCAGGCAGCCAGCAGUACAGAUCCCUCACUGUGGCCGAGCUCACCCAGCAGAUGUUCGAUGCCAAGAACAUGAUGGCUGCCUGCGACCCACGUCACGGCCGCUACCUGACGGUGGUCGCCAUCUUCCGUGGCCGCAUGUCCAUGAAGGAGGUGGACGAGCAGAUGCUGAAUGUGCAGAAUAAGAACAGCAGCUACUUCGUUGAAUGGAUCCCCAACAACGUCAAGACCGCCGUCUGCGACAUUCCUCCCCGUGGCCUCAAAAUGGCUGCCACCUUCAUCGGCAACAGCACAGCCAUCCAGGAGCUGUUCAAGCGCAUCUCUGAGCAGUUCACAGCUAUGUUCAGGCGCAAAGCUUUCCUCCACUGGUACACCGGCGAGGGUAUGGAUGAGAUGGAGUUCACCGAGGCAGAGAGCAACAUGAACGACCUGGUGUCCGAGUACCAGCAGUACCAAGAUGCCACUGCAGAGGAGGAGGGAGAGUUUGAGGAGGAGGGCGAGGAGGAGCUGGCCUAA